AAUGUAAAAACCCCCCGCGAUGGCCUCCGCGGAAUCACCGCGGUGGCGGCGGCGGCUCCCGCCGGCGAUACCACUCGAACCCGUUCGUACCACCAUAAUCGACCUCGGCGACGACCUCAUCCUCGAGAUCUUCCUCCGUCUCCCGUCCCUGCCGAGCCUCGUCCGCGCCGCGCUCGCCUGCCGCGCUUUCCUCGCCGCCGUCCUCUCCGCCCCGGCCUUCCGCCGCCGCUUCCGCCAGCUCCACCCGCCCCCUCUCCUCGGGUUCUUCUUCGUCCCCAACCGCGGCGAAGCGUCCCCGUUCGUGCCCGUCCACCGCCGCUCCGACCCGGACCUCGCUGCCGCCGUCCGCGGCGCCGACGUCUUCCUCACGCGCCUCCCCUGCCACGAGGACGCCUCCCAGGUGUGGGAGCUCUUGAUGUGCCAAGGCGGCUACAUCCUCCUGGUCAACUCGAGCACCAGGCAGAUCGCCGCCUACAACCCCCUCACCCGGGCUCUGGAUAUCCUUCCGCCGCCCGACGAGAUCUCCAACGCUUUCCGUGGCAACUUCAUCAGGCUCGACUUCCUCAUCCUCUCCUCCGAGGAGGCCGAUGGAUCUUUCCGCGUGCUCGGCUUAUACUACGGGAAAUCGGAGGUGCGCGCCGCCGUCUUCUCUUUCAACACCAUGGACUGGAGCAUCCUCACCCUGUCAGAGCCUGCAAUUGCACAGCCGUCGAGAAAGAACUGUACUAGGCUUCAAUCGGGUACGCUGUUGAAUGGAUCCGUGUACUGGCCACACAAGAAAAAGGCUUACAUGCUGGUGCUCGACGGCGCUGCAAUUUUCCUACAUGGAUCUGCCGGCGCACUUGAAGGGACAAGGGGACACUUACAUGAUUGGGGAAACCAAGGAUGGAAAACUCUGUAUUGUCUCCGUAACUGAAUUCACAUUGUUCGUUUGGUUCCAGAGGGCAAACGCUGACGGUGUGGAGGAGUGGAUGCUUGACAGUGUGAUCUCGUUGGAGGCCCAGGUUCUUGAGGCUACCAAGGGCUCACGGGAUGAUCGGUAUGCUCUCAAAGUGUGGGAUAUUCUGGACGGCAUUGUGUACUUGUCAACUUUGGAGAUAUUCAGAGAUUCUAGGUCACCUUCUUGGUUCCUAUCCUUCUGCCUGGAAACAAGGAAGCUGGAGAAGCUCUUUCGCAAGACUAUUGACAAUGACGGCUUUCCGUACAUCAUGGCAUGGCCUCCUUCUCUGGUACGCAACAAUUUGAGCCCCUGACUUUGGGGGUACCAUGUGUGGAACUUGGUAUUGGUAUGAUCACACAGGAGGAAGAUGGAAAUAGAAAUGAUAAACCUUAUUUUACUAUCCUUUUAUCAUUAACGCUGUUUUGAUUAUUUAUAUUUAUAUCAACACACUCUUGUUUGAAUUCUAGAGUAAUAUCAGUACAACCAGAUGCUUUUGUAAACUGGCAGGUCUAUGGUGUAUCUUAGUUAAAGCACAUCAGUGCUGUAAUUUGUUUCGCAUAUUAAAACUGUAAUAACAUGUUUGUCCAAUGUAGCAUA